AAUGUGGCCACUGCAUCAGGUCCCACAAAGGAGCAGAAAGCCGACUCCAGCCUGCAGAUCAGUGUGGAAGAGGAGGAGCCCUUUGUGCUGCCCCCUGAUGGGCAGAUGGAGCAGGAUGCCCAGGCCCCAGACCUGCAGCGAAUUCACAAGCGCAUCCAGGACAUUGUGGGCGUACUGCGUGAUUUUGGGGUCCAGCGGGAGGAAGGUCGGUCUCGGGCUGAGUACCUGAGUCGUCUUCGAAAGGACCUGGCCACUUACUACUCCUACGGGGACUUCCUGCUUAGCAAGCUCAUGGACCUCUUCCCUCUGUCUGAGCUGGUGGAGUUCUUAGAGGCCAAUGAGGUGCCUCGGCCCGUCACCCUCCGGACCAACACCUUGAAAGUCCGCCGCCGAGACCUGGCCCAGGCGCUGAUCAAUCGUGUUAACCUGGACCCCUUGGGCAAGUGGUCAAAGACUGGACUAGUGGUAUAUGAUUCUUCAGUGCCCAUUGGUGCUACCCCCGAGUACCUGGCAGGGCAUUACAUGCUUCAGGGGGCCUCCAGCAUGUUACCUGUCAUGGCCCUUGCCCCCCAGGAACACGAGCGGAUCCUUGACAUGUGUUGUGUGCCAGGAGGGAAGACCAGGUACAUAGCCCAGCUGAUGAAGAACACGGGUGUGAUCCUUGCCAAUGAUGCCAACGCCGAGCGGCUCAAGAGUGUUGUGGGCAACCUGCACCGGCUGGGGGUCACCAACACCAUCAUCAGCCACCACGAUGGGCGUCAUUUCCCCAAGGUGGUGGGGGGUUUUGACCGAGUACUGCUGGACGCUCCCUGCAGUGGCACUGGGGUCAUCUCCAAAGACCCGGCUGUGAAGACAAACAAGGACGAGAAGGAUAUCCUACGCUGUGCCCACCUUCAGAAGGAGUUGCUGCUGAGUGCUAUCGAUUCUGUCAACGCCGCCUCCAAGACAGGCGGCUACCUCGUCUACUGCACCUGUUCUGUCAUGGUGGAAGAGAACGAGUGGGUGGUGGACUACGCCCUGAAGAAGAGGAACGAGCGGCUGGUGCCCACAGGCCUAGACUUUGGCCAGGAAGGCUAACGCUUUCGGGAAAGGCGCUUCCAUCCUAGUCUGCGUUCCACCCGGCGCUUCUACCCUCACACCCACAACAUGGAUGGCUUUUUUAUCGCCAAGUUCAAGAAAUUUUCCAACUCUAUCCCCCAGUCCCAGCCAGGAGAUUCUGCCACAGCCACGCCUGCAGGCCUAGGCUUGUCUGACGCGGGGUCAGGCCGCCCCAGGUCUGAGAGCAGCAGCCAGCCGGCCCCGAAGGCUGCAAAGGCAAAGCAGCAGGCGCAGAAGCGGCAACAUCCCAAGAAGCUCAACGGCAUCGCCAAAAGGGCAGGCGCGGAACUGGCCGCUGCACCUUCGGGCACAAAGGCCCAGGCCUCCCCCAAGCUCAAGGAGAACCGUCAGCCAGCUGAGAAGGCUGACGGGAUCAGGGAGCUGGAGGUGAGAGGGCAGCCCAAGCGACCAGCGCAUAAACGGCAGACCCCCAAGAAGGGCGCCGCCCUGAAGCAGAACGCCCCUCCCAAGGGCACGGACACAGAAACACCUGCCGUGCCCGCCUUCUCCAAGCCCAAGGAUGCCGCUCAGCCCCUUGGGAAGGCCAGAGGGGCCAAGAGGCUCAAGCAGCAUUUGCAAGAGCAGUCUUUGAAGAAGGCUCCCGUCCAGACUCAGAAUGGCACCGCCGAGGGACCUCCGGUUCCCACCGCACCUUCCCUUACUUCCAGCCGGCCCCCACCUGCAAAAAGGAGGAGAUCUCGGUCUAGGGGCCACAGCCAGCCCCUGCUGGCCUAGACAGAUGCCCGCGAACCACACUGGGCUGACUCGCUGCCGUGGGCACGGGGCUGGAACUUUUUCCUCUGCGAGGAUGGUGUCCCCACUGCGCACGCUCA